AUGAGCGAUGGAGGCCCAAAUAACCUUGGGAUCGGGGUCGGGGAUAUCGACCCGGCAGUGCUGAGAGAACUACCAGAAGUAUGCAAGGUCAUAUCUAUCAAGACGCGUGGUGAAAGUUUUUGGGCGCACACUGGUCGCAUCGACGUCUUGCUUCCUGAUGGAACAGCACAGGCAUUCUUCGUCAAGGUUAUCACGACAGAACUGGGCAUGAAUGUGACCAGAAAAUUUGUUCCAAAGCCAAUUGCUUGCGGUACCUUCAGUACAAUACCAGAUACCUACUUCUUCCUCUGUCAAUUUCGAGAAAUGGGCUCCGAAAUGCCCGACCCUCACAAAUUUGCCGCUCUUCUGUCAUCUCUACACGAAAAAAGCAUAUCGCCAAAUGGGAAGUUUGGAUUUCAUACCACCACCUACGCUGGAAACCUACCCCAGUACGUGGGAUGGGAAGAUAGCUGGGAGGCGUUUUUCGCGAAGUCCAUGAGACAGGCGCUUGAUUUGGAGAUCGCAAGGAAAGGGCCCAGUGAGGAACUCGACGCUCUCUGCCUUGCUCUAUUCGAAAAAGUCAUUCCAAGACUUUUGGGGCCUCUUGAGAGUGAUGGCAGAAAAGUCAAACCGUCGCUUGUUCAUGGAGACUUAUGGUAUGGAAAUGCAGGGAUCGAUAUCACCAAAGAUAAUCAACCUUUGGUCUUUGAUGCAUGCUGCUUUUUUGCGCAUAAUGAAUAUGAGUUUGGUCAAUGGCGGCCGGUCUGCAAUAGGUUUGGGAAUGACUAUGUUGCUGCAUACAACAAGUUUAUACCAAUUUCGGAGCCACAAGAGGACUUUGAUGGCCGUUUGGAUCUGUAUAGGCUGAGGUUUGAUACACACGUAUCGGCGCUUUUUCCUGAAAAAGAGGAACUUCGCACACAAGUCCUUGAUGUUAUGAGGGACUUGGUCCAGAGAUACGGCUAG